UUGUUUGAAGAAUUGGUUGAUCGCUUCAUAGGGAUCGACCUUGAGCUAGACUAUCCCUGUCGAUGCGCCCCUCCAAACCCCCGCUUAAGAUAACACGUGACCGGACCGCAAUAAGAAUUUAUCCGGAAAUCUCGGAAUGGCUCGGGACAGUCGGGACAGUCAAAUGACAGGGAUUAAUGCGCUAAGCAAGGGUUAAGAGACGUCGUCUCUGGACUAAGAAUAGGAAAUGGUGCUGUAAGUCCCCUGCCAGGCGCGUCGCAACAAGAACCUCGUCAGAAUCGUGUCCGUGACUUGAACAAGCUUGAUGGAGACGUUGAGCGAGAUGGCUAACCAUGGCAACUCUGCUCACCCAACAUCUACCCCCACAUCCACAUCCACGUCGACUACCACAUCGAUGACUCUGGCGUCCGGGCCUGGUGUGCCCCGGCCUUUGACUGCUGGGCCUCCCGGCCAACGCCAGUAUCGCCCAUCGACAUUUGAAUCAACAUUUAAGGUUCUGCAACCAAACGUCGCGUCGCAAAAUGGCGGCAAUGAUGAUGACGACGACGAUGAAAACAUGUCUGCCUUGACCCAGCACACCUUGGUGCAGACUGGCAUCGAUGAUUUGGAGUUUGUUUCGGAUUCCGCUUCGUCGGUGUACAGAGCCGCUGGAUCCUCGAGCCCCGAGGCUCUCCCAAUGGCAGUCCUGAAGAAGAUGAUUUCGUCCACCGACGAUGUGUUUGCGGGCACCAAUGACCAGCAUGCCAUGAUGGCUUCGUGGAACCAGGAGCAUCAACAUCACAAGGGGAUGUUUCUACCCACCUGGACAUGGCCAUCCGAGCCCUUUUACACAAACUGGACUCCUCUUUCGGCCAGAAUGGCAGGACCAUGGAAGCUAGGGACUGACCGCCUGACAGACGAAGUGAUUGCAGCGCGAAAUGAGAAGAUUAACCGGGACUGGCACGCCGGUGCUGAUUUCUUGGGCAAGACCAUGGAAGACGUUGUGGAUGAGGCACGUCAUCGAGGGACAGGGAAGACAUUUGGGGCUAUUGGAGAUGGUCGUCCUCUGAAGACCAAAGACCAGUACGGGCCAAUCGAUAUUGCCGAGGCCAACCGGAUGUCGGUGGCGGAACAUGCCAAACCAUUGUUGAACAUGGCAUUUGCAUCGGUGCUCCGGCAUGUGGAGGUGGAUUCGUGUAAGAGCGGGUUGCUGCAGACGGAGAAGCGGGCAGAGACAUCGGGUGAGCAGGCAAGUGGGCGAGCGAGUGGCCAGGCGGUCGGACAAGGCAACUGGGGUAGCCAGUCGUUGUUUGGAAAGAAGGUCGAUGGUGGGCAGUAAGGGAUACAAGGUAUAGUAGUUCUGGGGAUGUGUCUGGGUCUUGCAUUUC